CUUUCUUAUUCAAAACAAUACUUUCGCUUUCAUAGCUGGGCAUAUGUCAAGUCGGUUUCGAAGUACUGCCUCCAAUCGAAGCAACAAUGGCCGAGGCUUCAAAUACUCCAGAGUUUAUCACUGCCGAAACGCUAGCUCAGCAGCAUUGCCCAAAAUCACAAGGGAGGUGGUCGAAGCAGAGGAAGAUACGACCAAUCAACGAGUAUGUGAUGAGAUCGAACGGCAAGGGUGCCAGCAGUGUCGAGCUUUCCCUCGGCCUUGCCAAGCCUAUUCAAACCUGGAAUCUACCUGAGGAACUCCUCUGUGAUCACUCGUCAUACUUCAGAGCAGUUUUCCAAGGCGAGUUCAAGGAAGGAUUAGUGAAGAAGAGUGCACUAGACGAGGAUCUAUACACUGAGAAAGCAGUUGCCCAUCUAAUUAAUUGGAUUUACACGGGUAAGCUUGAAUGCAGAGAAGAACAUGACAGGAAGCAGCCCAGCAGCACCCAUGACUGUACAUGGUACUCGCUCUAUGUGCUUGCAGACAUGUUGGACAUGUUUUGGCUUGCAAAAGCUACCGUUUCACGCAUUAGAUGUUGUCUAGAAGAAGGAGAAUGGCUGCCAAACCAGGACGAGAUCUACUUUGUCUAUAAGAACACGUUAGAAAAGUCGCUUUUGCGCGAGCUUGUGGUGACCCAGCUGGUGGAUGCUUAUGUAGACAAGCCAGAGAAAGGCUUUGCGGAGGAUAUUCAGCACUGGACUGAUGCUUCGGCAUGUCACCCAACUUUUCACUGUGAUGUGAUGAAGGAAGUGAAGCAUCACACAGAUCUCAUCGACUGUGAUAGACCUGUAGCGUGUCGUUUCCACUUCUAUCAGAAACCAGGGCGAAAGAGAAGGACAAUCAGAUAAAGGCGACAGUCAGAGCAUCAGCGCGGAAUCGGGUACCAGAAAAGAGUUGCGUGGCACACUAAAAAUUGUAUAUAACUUGAAAUUUAAUGACUACCACUGAAAGCACGCUAAUG